UGCUGAACCUGACGCUGAUCGACCUGCCGGGGAUCACCAAGGUGCCGGUGGGCGACCAGCCGCAGGACAUCGAGUUCCAGAUCCGGGACAUGAUCCUGCAGUUCAUCGCCCGCGAGAGCAGCCUCAUCCUGGCCGUGACGCCCGCCAACAUGGACCUGGCCAACUCGGACGCGCUCAAGAUGGCCAAGGAGGUGGAUCCGCAGGGCCUGCGGACCAUCGGUGUGAUCACCAAGCUGGACCUGAUGGACGAGGGCACGGACGCGCGGGACGUGCUGGAGAACAAACUGCUGCCGCUGCGCAGAGGAUACAUCGGCGUGGUGAACCGCAGCCAGAAGGACAUUGAUGGCAAGAAGGACAUCCGUGCGGCGCUGGCGGCCGAGCGCAAGUUCUUCCUGUCGCACCCGGCCUACCGGCACAUGGCCGACCGCAUGGGCACCCCGCACCUGCAGAAGGUCCUCAACCAGCAACUGACCAACCACAUCCGGGAGACGCUGCCGUCGCUGCGCAGCAAGCUGCAGAGCCAGCUGCUGUCCCUGGAGAAGGAGGUGGAGGAGUACAAGAACUUCCACCCCGACGACCCCACGCGCAAAACCAAAGCCUUGCUGCAGAUGGUGCAGCAGUUCGGGGUGGACUUUGAGAAGCGCAUUGAGGGCUCCGGUGACCAGGUGGACACGCUGGAGCUGUCGGGAGGCGCCCGCAUCAACCGCAUCUUCCACGAGCGCUUCCCCUUCGAGCUGGUCAAGAUGGAGUUCGACGAGAAGGACCUGAGGAGGGAGAUCAGCUACGCCAUCAAGAACAUCCACGGCGUCAGGACGGGGCUGUUCACCCCGGAUCUGGCGUUCGAGGCCAUCGUGAAGAAGCAGGUGGUGAAGCUGAAGGAGCCGUGCCUCAAGUGCGUGGACCUCGUUAUCCAGGAGCUCAUCAACACCGUCAGGCAGUGCACCAGCAAGCUCGGGCCGUACCCCCGCCUGCGGGAGGAGACGGAGCGCAUCGUCACCACGCACAUCCGGGAGCGCGAGGGCCGAACCAAGGACCAG